AUGGCAAUUCUCUUCGGAUUAGCCAUUUUUGGCUUCAUUAUCGGUAGUCUGGGCAUGGCUAUUCCUUUCCUCGUUAUCUUUAUCGUUUAUGCCCUUGUGCUGAUGUGCCUGAGGAAGAAGAUCGAUAUGGGUAUCAUCUUGAUUAAGGUGGCUUCGCAAUUCUUGAGUGAAAAGUGGGGGGUUUUCGUUUCCCCCUUGAUCAAGGUGGUCGUCAACAUUCUUUUCUCCUUCUUCUGGAUCUACUCUCUAAACUGCAUCUUCGCUGUUUCUGACGAUAAGACGAAGAAUGGCCAAGACAACACAACUGAGAGCAUCGUCACUGUCCUUUGGUUCUUCAUUUGGCUAUUCUUCAGCUUCCUAUUCUACUAUGUGAUGGUCUUCACAGUGGCAGUCUCAUGCGCAUUCUGGUAUUACCGUGUGGAGGGAAGGCAUUACCUAACUACUGCAUACAAGUGGCUCUUCACCUCAGCAUUCGGUUCGAUUGUCUUUGGUGCAGCCUUGGUUGCAGUCAUUACUCUAGCAAGGCUUUUGGUGGAUUCCAAGAGGCGUGAGACUAAAAACAUCGCAGUUGCUGUCUGUCUGUGCAUAAUGUCGAUGUGUCUCCGCAACUUGGAAAACCUCUUUAAGAUUCUCAACCACAAUAGCGUGAUUGUGAUGUCAGUCACUGGCGAAAACUACAUAAAUUCUGCCAAAUCAACGAUCGGAAUCCUUUCACGCUUCCUUGGAUUGAUGUCUGUUUCUGACAUUAUAACUGGAUUGCUGGUCUUCUGGGGAAUCGUUUUGAUAACUGGAGUAACAUCGGUGAUAAGUUACUUUUGGCUGGACGGCAAGGGGCUUUCAACUGAGUUCCCUUAUCUUUUCAGUCUUGGUCGAAGCUGUAAGCUCGUUUUCAUCUUCUACUGCUUCGACAUCAGGUUCAAGGAGCUCGGAUAUUCCAGCAACAAUAUGCCAGCGGAGAUCAAUGAAGCACUUGGUAACAGCAAUUACGAAGAAAAGCAAUGA